GUUCCUUUUACACAGAUGUUGAUCUGGCAGUGUGACUUCCUCUGCUGUCGGCUUAAUGGCGGAACCAUUCACCCACAAUUCCGUGUUGAGCUCAGUGAGACAGCCCUUAAUUCAUCAAAGGUGAUGAAAAGUUGGCCCCCAUGGUUGCCAUGUUCCAUGGACUAACAUGCUCUCUAGCUGGUAAGACCAACUGGAUCUAACAAUCAGGCAUAUGGAGUGAUGAAACGAGCUGUGGAUAAUUGAGGUGCUGGGGUACUCUAGAUGGCUAUCAGUCUGCAGUAAAGCGAUGAACUACCUCCAGUUUUUGGCCAAGAUUCUCGUAAUUACAAUUUAUCUGGAUUAGCAAUGUCCUUCGAAAUAAGAAGUCGCCAUUCCCCAACUCUCUGCGUUCAAUUCUUAGACAGGUCUCCAGGUGAAUAGCAGAGCAGCGAAGGAACACUGCUGAAUGUCACUACUUCCCAGUAGUUUGUACAGGCAGCUUUAACAUGAUGUUUUAUAUAGGAAGACCAUGGUGGAUUGAGGGAUCACAAAUGGUACCUGAACACCCUUGAACAGUGGAUUUGAAAUUAAAUCAUCACCAAAAUGACUGCUUAAGCUAUAAAGAAUGAUAAAAAAAAAAAAACACGGCAGGUGAAGGACAAAGGCUACUCUUGAUCACCUUAAUUGCCUGAGACAAACGAGGUAAGGGCACAUUACACCUUAAAUAACUGUACUAUAACUGUCAAAUACUAUAGCAAUAGUAAGUUUUCUUGAAGACAGGAUGUGAUGCAUUAUUAAAGCUGAUGGAGCACUGCAGGGCAGAUUGUUGAUAAAACACCACAGAGGUAAACUUUAACUGGAACUAGUGUGAAAUAUUUAGGUGAUGGCAGCCGUCUGUGUCUGGCGGAAUGAAAAAUACAUGUGGGUGAAUUUUCAAAUGGACAGAAGAAAGAAACCUAACAAGUGGCCCACUGGAACUAAAGUGAGAAGUUUGCUCUAAACUGCCAAUGCAAUGUCCUUUCUAUCUCAUAUUCCAUAUUCACAGAAUCCCUGUUUGUCCUCUGUCUGGUUCUCACUGUGGCCAGCCCGUCCCAUAUACUGCUGUCCAUAUGGAAGAUGGGACAGCGAGGACCAGCUAAUCCCUUGAAACUCCAUGAACUUUGCUUUCUUUUGCUUUGCUCUCUGUAUGUGGUGGGAGUCCUGUGACCAGGAAUCAAAGUUUGGGGAUCAGGUAGGAGGCCGGCAGUGGCUUGCAGCCCCACUGAGCAGAUUGCCUGCUGCUGUGCUGACUGAGGACUGCUGUACACAAAGCAUGAAAAGUGUGGAUUCCCGGGGCCAAGGGCCCGUGUGGUGGGCUCUGCACUCCCCGAUCGGCCCGGGGAGAAAGGAACGGCUCAGUCAGCAGGCCAGGGCCACUGGAGCGAUGAAAAGAUAAUUCCCCCCCCCCACCGCCACUGGACCUCAUGCGGCGUCAAACCAUUUGUGAGCAGUGACAGAGCCAGAUUGGGCCGAAAGGAUAUGAGUGGGAAACUUCAAAACCUGCUCAUGUUUCUGUGGACGUGAAAGGAUUUGUAUAACACAUUCAGAUUUGAUGGACUUUCCCAUGUUCGCUCUGGACAGCCCUUUUUUGUUGACAUGUUCAAAUAAUGAAUCUCUUAUGUGUAGGAUCCCUUUUUCCCCCCCUGCUCCCAAGUCCUGUUUCUAGUUGUCGGGUAGGGAUGCUGUGCGGACCAUUCCAUCGUCUGUCCCAAGCUUAUGGAGUACCGCUGACUUGCCGGCUUCCAGGAACCAGGGUGCUGACAUGGAACAUAUAUUUUUGAUUCUUUUACUGUUUAGUAAGGCCUCAUCAGUUGGAGCUCAAUUCAAUGGAUACAACUGUGAUGCCAACUUUCACAGCCGCUUCCCUGCGGAGAGGGAUAUCAGUGUGUACUGUGGUGUGCAGACCAUCACCCUCAAGAUCAACUUCUGCCCUGUCCUCUUCUCUGGCUACACCGACACUGAUAUGGCCCUCAAUGGUCGUCAUGGAGAUGCCCACUGCCGCGGAUUCAUCAAUAACAACACCUUUCCCACCGUGGUAAUCUUUAGUAUCAGCCUGGCCACGCUGGAGUCUUGUGGCAAUUCCCUCGUGGUCUCCACAGCUCAAGGACCCAAUGCUUAUGGGAACCUGUCACUGGUGCAGAUUGGAAACAUAUCAGGGUAUAUUGACACGCCCGAUCCCCCCACCAUCAUCAGUUACCUGCCAGGUCUGCUGUACAAGUUCAGCUGCAGUUACCCGCUGGAAUACCUGGUCAACAACACACAGCUGGCCUCGUCAGCAGCUGCAAUCUCAGUGAAGGACAGCAAUGGUACUUUCAUCAGCACGUUGAAUCUACUGCUUUACAAUGACUCAUCGUACGUUCAGCAGCUGUCCAUCCCCAUGGCAGGACUGACUCUGAAAACGCGAGUUUUUGCAGCUGUAAAAGCCACUAACCUGGAUAGGAGAUGGAAUGUUCUCAUGGACUACUGCUACACCACGCCUUCUGGAAACCCUAAUGAUGACCUCCGCUACGAUCUUUUUUUUAGCUGUGAAAAAGAUCCCCAGACUGCCGUCUUUGAAAAUGGCAAGAGCCAAAUGGGCCGCUUCGCCUUUGAAGUAUUCCGCUUUGUAAAGCACAAGAACCAGAAGAUGUCCACCGUCUUCCUGCACUGCGUCACCAAGCUGUGUCGAGCAGAUGACUGUCCUAUGCUCAUGCCUAUCUGUGGCAGCAGGAGAAAGAGAGAUGUCUCAGAGGGAAAGGAAUCAAACCAAGCAUCUGGAAAUGCCGUCCUGACUGCCGGGCCUAUCAUCACUCGGAGUGAUGAAACGCCAACCAACAACUCUCAACUAGCCAACCUGAAAGCUCCAGUGUUUCAGAUGAACACAGUGACAAGUGCGCUCAUCUCAGGCGUGAUCAUCCUGGGCGUCAUGAGUGUUUGCUUCUUCAUCUUCUCCCUCACCCUCCUCAAAGGCAAGAGUGCUCCUGUCAGCACGCUGUCUGGAGUCCGCAACCCAGCCUUCAAUUGAGUGCCUGAGCCCAGCUCCCUGUAGACACUCCUCCACAACUGACAACGCUUGCUGAGCGAGGGGCGAACAACAGAUGUGACAUGACAUUUGUGCAUGUAGUCAUUUUACAGAAGAAUAAAAGCUAAAUGUUGAUUUAGAUAACUGUUAUGUACAAUGUGCAUUAGUGUAGAAGUACAGCAUGUUCUGAACUCACUUUGUGUUUCAUCCUCAUGGCAGGCCAGGCAACAACCUGCAUGUGAUCAUUUGUCCCGCAACUUUAACCCAUAUAGCAGGGACACUCAUAACUUAAUACAAUACCUCAGCUAUACAGCUUUCAAUUGCAGGGUAUAGGAUCAGUGACAAGGCUUACAGUACCUUAUAAUAGUGUAUAAUCUACUGGUUGAACUCACACUUCUUGUUUAGAGACUGAAAUAUAAGAACUGUUCAUUGAAAAUAUAACUUGAGUAAAUGAGGGAAGCUACUGUAAAAAAAAAAGAAAAAAUGAAAACCUUUGAUUUGGUGAUUAAGUGAGCUAACAGAGAGCCUCAGGCUUAGAUGGUAAGCUUAAAGUUCCCUUGACAUAAAAUCUAACUCUAUUGAUAAUACUGAUAUUAUGAUUGGAAUAAAUCUUUAAUUUAUUAAUGUUGCUAUAUAUUAGAGGGGUAGUCUUAUGAUUAAUCACUUGAUAGGCUUGUUUCACCUAAAUAGGUAGUUCACUCACUCACUUUAAAUAUUAUAUGCAACAGGGCGGCAAUAAACUUGUUUGUUACGUUUCAUUUGUAUAUGUAACUGUGUAUAACUUUCCCAAAAUGUAUUCCCAAAUGCCAUUGAUGACCUAUUUGUAAAAUGUACAAAUUGUGUACAAUUGUGCAUAUUGCAAAUAUUGC